AUGGACCAUCAAUUCCAGAUCACGCCAGAGGACUUGUAUAAUCUCCAAAUGGAGGUAAAGGCGGUCCAGUAUUCCCAGACGAAUCACGCCGAGAGGAUAUCGCGAUUAGAGAAGCGACAAACGGAUGAUUCAGCGAUCAAGUCAGUAUGGAACUCGCCAUUCCCCGGAGUUCUUGCAGGCACACCCCAACAAGGACCUGUUCAGAUUCCCCACAAUGACGUGUUUGAUGACUCUGAUGAGCAAGGCGAGCAGCUUCUAGGGUCGCUGCAUCUAGGACCUGCUGAAGAAGAACCGGUUCGUCGUGGUGCCGCAUCAAGAGCUAAUAGUGUCCGAUUUGACGAGAGCGCACUGCACGGUUCUGGUUGGGGUGGCGCGCAGAGCAACCGACACUCAGGAGAGUUUGGCUCGCGUCCAGCAAGUGGCCUUUUUAUGGAAAGAACCCUCUCCCACAAAUCUGAUGGCCGUCACAGCUCCGCAGGACAUUCAAUUCACUCUCAUCAUUCUGUCGCGUCUGGUCGCGCAAGCAGCGUAGGCCCGGACACUGCUGUCGACGACGACGCGUCUUCCUUUGGCAUUCCUGAGCCUCCGAUCUCUCUCUUUGUCCUAGGCUCUGUCCCGUCAAUUAUCAGAUGCUGGCUGACGACAAACUUUGCCCAUCGGACACUUCUCUACGCUGACAUUUGUAGCGGAUCUCAAAGAUCGACUAUUUCUUACUCAUUGCUCGAAGAGCUCAACCUCGGGGAAGAAAUUGAAAAGGAUGUGGACGGAAUCUGUCGCGCUCGUCUCCAAGUUUAUUUUGCAGAGGCGGUUGUGACUAGGCGUGGUCGUAGUUCAGAGGGAUCUGAAGGGCUGGUACCGUCCAUGUCCGUUGCCUUUGAAGUCGUUGGGUUAGGCCAGUCGAAUCCUACAGGGGACCGCAAGCCCGUCCGCAUCUUCAUUGGCAGUGAUGCGUUGAGAGCGCACUGUGCAGACAUCUUGUUUUCGCAAAAUACCAUGGUACUCUAUGGGAAUGACCGCGACAGACUGCGAGUCCCAUUUGUACGACCUGAGGAUGACGAAGUGUUUCGACAUAUCAGCACCGCCAACGUGCUACCUGAAAAGCAAAAGCUAAAUGCGACCGCAGCACCUUUUGUGCUUACGGAAAAGGCGGAUAGAAAUGGGCGAGAGACGCACUCUCAUCGACCAGGCACGCUUGGCGAGGACGCCGAUGUUCCUGAGCCAACGUCUCCAGUCGUUUCACAUACAAGAGGCAGGAGGCGCGGGAGCACGCGGUCCCGUCGCAGCACAAAUGAAAACAAACGACCGCGGGACUCGAGCCAUGGAGGUGCUCUGUCUGGAAAGGAAGACGCUACUGGCUCCGAAUCUUCCAGACGAGAAUCCUCUGCUGGCGUCUGGGGCUCGUGGCGGCAUGGGCCAAGCGGCGGGCAUGAGAAAGAGGCAGCCCCAAUUAGUGGAUACCAGCCAGCGCCGACCAGAGGCUCUCGUGGCAUGAAGACGUUGAAGCCAGGCAAGUCUAGUUCCUCUGCCAAAACCGGAGCUGCGUACGAGGCACCGCUCCCUUCGCGAUCAGACGGCCGACGAAAGAGCCAGGCUAGUGUGGGAGGCGAGAGCAUGAAUGGGAACCACAAGAGGGAUCUCAAGCGGUCAGCAAGUGCCACGAGCGAGGCCAGGUCGCAUGCAUCGGCGCGCGACAAGAGCGCUGCACCGCCUGGUUCUCGCGGCGCAAACCCAGUUGGUGUGGCGUCUGCCUUUUCAUGGAUGACACCGAGUGGCAAGCCCAGAGGCUCGGCAGGGCAAGACUGA